UCCUGGGCAUAAGGAAGAAAUAAACGUUUUCUCCACAAACAUGAUAGCCGAGAAGUCUUUCAUUUAAUCAAGUGAGUCAUAGCAUCGGUAGACCGUAUAUAAAAAGGAAGGCUUUUUUAUCAGCUAAAGUUAGUUGGAAGCUUAGUCUCGAACAAUCACUUUGAACACGAAGAAUUCCAGUGAAUAUGGCGUCCAAAACCACGUGCCUACUACUACUUGGCUUGCUCAUCAUCGCCACGCUUUACGUCUCCGUUGCAGAGGCCAAGAAGCAGUGCGUGCCGGGAAAAUCCUAUUUUGAUGGGUGUAACACAUGUUUUUGCUCUGAAGCACAUUCCGUCCAGUGUACCAGGAGACUGUGCCCGGACCCAUGGAAGCGUCUUUCUCCACCUGCUGACUUCUACCAAUAAGCUUAUUCAACAAAUGUCUAAUUAAACGUAAAUAAGACUUCACUCGUCUUCGAAAUAAAAUAAAUUUGAAAAAUAGA